CGUUGAUCAGCCCAGGAAUUUCUCCCCGAUUAUAAACACCAAGUGGCUCCCCCGUGAGGCAUGCAAUGCCACCUGCCAGAUAAUUCUUAGUUCUUUUUUUAUAUAUAUUUAUACAUAUAUAUAAUAAUUUUUAAUAUCUGGCCGGCAUCAUGGAGGAAAAACCCACAUCUCCAUCUCUUCCCGCCAAAGCGGCCAAGUAUGUGCUGGGUACCCAUCGAGGCCCAUUGCCCUCGCAGGAGGGGAAUGGUGUGCCACUCGAGGAAGUCGAGACAGCCGACACUAUCACGCUGGAGAAGGUCCAGCGGACAAAGACUCAGAAUUUAAGACGUCACUGGGCUCGAUUCUGGUGUUGCUACACCUUCUUCUCCAUUAUCUUCCUGGCCAUCUUCUUGCCUAUUUUCUUCCUGCUCAUUAUCCCCGCCAUCGCUCAGCGUGUCGUUGAUAAUUCCGUACUGCUCCUGCCUGAGGCGGAUAUCCUUGAACCGCGACCCCACUCUGCCAAAUUCACUAUCAAGUCGGCCUUGAAGUUGCCAAUCGGUGUCCCCGUGCCAAUCGAUGACAUUGCGCUGGAUCUGUGGAACCGCGAUAAUGACAAUGGAAACGGUACCUGGGCAAUUCUUUACAUCGACGGGAAGAAAAUUGAUGGUAACACCACUCUCGGUGUCACCGACCAGCCUACUCCGCUUAACGAGGUCGAAUGGCAGAAGUAUGUCAGUAGCGUGGUCUUCGAGAAGCAUGCGAGACUGUCUGUUAGAGGAACUACAACUGCCCAUUUGGGUUCGUUGAAGGCCAAGGUCACGAUGAACAAGGAUAUCCCGCAAACCACUCUGAACGGUUUCGAUGGUUUCUCUAUCGCAGACACUCAGCUGCUUUUGCCAGCAAGGUCUGAUGGAACCAACCUUGUUGCCAAUGCUACGCUGCCUAACCCAUCCGUCCUGACACUGGAAAUUGGAACAACCGUCCUCGAUCUGUAUAGUGGCGAUUUGCUCCUCGGCAAUGCAACCCUGGACGACCUCUUCCUCAGACCGGGCAACCACUCCACUCCAGUGCGCGGCAUCCUCGACCUCAAAGUGCUCAUCAACAAUCUCCAAGAAGUCCUCAAAUCCCAGCCCGAGCUUAAAGACGGGUACCUCAACCUCAAAACGAUUGGAAAAUCUGUCCACUGGAAAGGAGAAUUGGUCCCGUACUACACCAACGUCAUGAAGAACCUUACCCUGACCGCACGGGUGCCCGUUGGCGGACUGAUCAAGAAUACCCUCCACGGCAUUCUGAACAAGAACGGGACCAACAUUCUCGGAAACUUGAAUCUAACAGAGCCCGAGGGAGGCACCUCCGCUCUACAAGAUCUCAUACAUAACGAUAAGAAAAGGUCGGCUAUGAUUGACGUGUUGGAGGGGCUGAUAUGACCGUGACUAUGGCGAUAUGAGCCUUGAUAUGAUUAUGAGUAAUUGGCAUGGCGUUAGGGUUUUUUCUUUAUAGUUAUGAUAUCUCUAAGAGAUGGAUAUUCACACGAAUAUCAUAGAAUAACUGGCACUGCCAGUACGACUACUACAUACUAGUACAUACAGUAACAUACUACAUUGUACAUACUACUACCUUUACUCCAUACUGCAAUCUCGAUCAAACCAACCCGAU